CGAUGUUCCAAAACAGGAAGAAUCUUUGACUGUCCACACUUCUGCCCUCGUCCAUUGCUCUAUAACCACCUUUCUGCUGAUCCAAUUAGCCUGCUAGUCGGGUGUAUACUACACACAACAUGUCGUCAAUCGCUGCAACUUUCGCUCGCCGCGCUGCUCUGAGACAGCCUUUCAGAGCACCCACCACCAUCAGACCUGCCCGCCGCAUCUCCUCCAAGAUCGAGGAAGCCGGUCUCAACACCGGCUCAAAGAGAGACCCUGAGCUCUACAUCCUCCUGGGUGUCAUGGCUGGCGCUUUCGGUAUCGCCGGCUGGUACCUUGGCAGUUCUCCCACAAGCACCACCUCGGAGAGCAACAUUCGCAUUGGCGAAGCCUCUAUGCCGUGGGAGCAAGAUGACGAGUCCAAAGCCUACAAAUACCAAUACCACCCCCAUGGCGACACAUCGAAGCCUCUCAAGAAAGCCCCCAGCGCUCUGAAUGAGGUUGUCAUCCCCAACGUUACUUUGCCUAAGGAUCUACACGACCGGUUCAACAAGUACGGCAAGGACGACUAUUGAGAUUAUACAAAAACAGAAGUACCACACUGAACUAGCGACUUGCUGCACAGCAAGAGAAUUUGUAUUUCAUAGUUGAGAAAGAGAAGCAGCUGUGGGCAUUUUUGAUCAUAAGUUUCUUUAUAACAAAAGAAUUCGAGAAAAGAGUGGCCCUUGUAAAUAAUUAUUCUGACAUUUUCCGGACAUAACUCCAAAUCUCCCCGAGGUUUGCUUUCUUGUAUAUUUCUCUCACUCCACAUUAUCCUGUAUUCUACGUCAUAGGUGUCGUGGCUCACAUUUUUUAAACUCAAAUAUUGCGAAAGGUCAAUCCUCAAAUUCAUUAAAAAACAAAAAAAGCGAAAAAACAAGGAAAUGAAAAGAGACAAUUAAGAGAAAAGUAUUUGAAACAUUUCUUCCUCUGAAUAUCCUCAAACAAAAGAACCUGCUACACGUAUUUAAAAUGACACAUGAUAUAAUAUUCCCAUUUAGCCGAAAGAAAUUAUGACAAAAGGACGACGAAAAGAAAACGGGGAAAGAAGAAAGGGGGGGUGGCGCAGGAUAGGGAGUGGGAUGAGAAAUGGAAAGUAACAACAAAAAUUAUACUCGUCAAUUUUCUUCAUUCUUCCUCGUGGCCUCAUUGCCUUCACUCGCUGGCUUCGGUUUACUUUCGUCCCGUUCUACGGAUUUCUCAUCACCAAGGACGGAUGCAGGUUUGUCAACUGGCGCAUCACCGGCGCCGCCGCCUUUGCCAGCUGUUUCGGGAUUCUGUCCCUCUGCAUCGGGAUGGUGAGGGGCUGGUUGUUCGCCACCAACCUCGCGACCAUGACCAUCGAUUAUUCGAGUCUUGGUUUCAUAUCUAGUUUCAAAUGAAACGUUACCAUCUCUCCCCAACGCUGCUACUUCCUCAUCAUUCAAGAUAUUCCCAUCCUGGUCACGAUAGACCACGGACUCCAGUUGGGUAGACACCAGCUUUUGUCCGGGGGUUACCACAGCAGCCUUACCUCCUUCUUCCGCUAGUUUAGCUACCUUUUGUUGUUGUUGCUGCUGCUGUUGCUGUGGCUGUUGCGGCACCGGAGUUGGAGUUGCGUGUAGGAGCUGUGCAGUCCCAUUGACAAACUUCAUCGGUGUUUCGUAUUGAGCCAACUAAAAUUCAGACCCAGUUAACAGCCAUCAAUGAAAAUGAUGAAAACCAUGUCGCCCAAUUUCCAUUUUUCUUUGAGAAACUUACAUCAUUAUGGAAGAGGUUGCAAUCAAAGUCCCACGACUUGAGGAGCUUGACUUUUUGGCAGGCAGCUUUAGUCCAGGGGUUGCCGUAGGCUAAUGGCGAGAUCAUAGUGAAAGUCACAAUCGACAGAACAACGAAGGCCACCAUGAAUAUCUUGCCAAAUACACGUUUGCUUUUCACCGCUCCAGAAAGACUGACUCUAUUGACACCAUAGUCCACGACCUGACAGAAUGCAAGGAUGGCGAAGUAGAGAGAUGGGAAGUAGUGAUGGAGGAAGAGCUGGCGGGCCAUAAGAUAGAAAGGGAAGUAGUGGAAGGCCCACCCUAGAACAGUCUGGC